AUGAACACAGAGCACAUGAGAGAGGAGACACCAGAGGUCAGGGAUAAGGAGACACCAGAGGUCAGGGAUAAGGAGACACCAGAGGUCAGGGAUAAGGAGACACCAGAGGUCAGGGAGGAGACACCAGAGGUCAGGGAUAAGGAGACACCAGAGGUCAGGGAUAAGGAGACACCAGAGGUCAGGGAUAAGGAGACACCAGAGGUCAGGGAGGAGACACCAGAGGUCAGGGAGGAGACACCAGAGGUCAGGGAGGAGACACCAGAGGUCAGGGAUAAGGAGACACCAGAGGUCAGGGAUAAGGAGACACCAGAGGUCAGGGAUAAGGAGACACCAGAGGUCAGGGAGGAGACACCAGAGGUCAGGGAUAAGGAGACACCAGAGGUCAGGGAUAAGGAGACACCAGAGGUCAGGGAUAAGGAGACACCAGAGGUCAGGGAGGAGACACCAGAGGUCAGGGAUAAGGAGACACCAGAGGUCAGGGAGGAGACACCAGAGGUCAGGGAUAAGGAGACACCAGAGGUCAGGGAUAAGGAGACACCAGAGGUCAGGGAGGAGACACCAGAGGUCAGGGAUAAGGAGACACCAGAGGUCAGGGAUAAGGAGACACCAGAGGUCAGGGAUAAGGAGACACCAGAGGUCAGGGAUAAGGAGACACCAGAGGUCAGGGAUAAGGAGACACCAGAGGUCAGGGAUAAGGAGACACCAGAGGUCAGGGAUAAGGAGACACCAGAGGUCAGGGAUAAGGAGACACCAGAGGUCAGGGAUAAGGAGACACCAGAGGUCAGGGAGGAGGAGACACCAGAGGUCAUGGAGGAGACACCAGAGGUCAGGGAUAAGGAGACACCAGAGGUCAGGGAUAAGGAGACACCAGAGGUCAGGGAUAAGGAGACACCAGAGGUCAGGGAUAAGGAGACACCAGAGGUCAUGGAGGAGACACCAGAGGUCAGGGAUAAGGAGACACCAGAGGUCAGGGAUAAGGAGACACCAGAGGCAGGGGGCGCUGCUGAGCCCACUCCCCUCAGAGCCGAGCAUCAGGGUAAGACACGCCCCCUUCACAGCCGCGUACACAGACACCUACACAGCAGCCUACACAGCCGCGUACACAGACACCUACACAGCAGCCUACACAGCCGCGUACACAGACACCUACACAGCAGCCUACACAGCCGCGUACGCAGACACCUACACAGCAGCCUACACAGACACCUACACAGCCGCGUACACAGACACCUACACAGCUGCCUACACAGCCGCCUACACAGACACCUUCACAGCCGCGUACACAGACACCUACACAGCCACCUAGUGCCUACACAGCCGCCUACACAGACACCUACACAGCCGCCCACACAGCAGCCUACACAGCAGCCUACACAGACACCUACACAGCUGCCUACACAGCCGCCCACACAGCCGCCCUCACAGCCACCCACACAGCCAUCUACAGUCACCUUCACAGCAGCCUACACAGCCGCCCACACAGCAGCCUACACAGCCGCCCACACAGCCGCCUACACUGCCGCCCACACAGCCGCCAACACAGCCGCCUACACAGCCGCCCACACAGCCACCUUCACAGCCGCCUACUCAGCCGCCUACUCAGCCACCUACACAGCCGCCUACACAGCCGCCCACACAGCCACCUUCACAGCCGCCUACUCAGCCGCCUACUCAGCCACCUACACAGCAGCCCACACAGCCGCCCACACAGCAGCCUACACAGCCGCCCACACAGCCGCCCACACAGCCGCCUACACAGCCGCCUACACAGCCGCCUACACAGCCACCUACACAGCCGCCUACAGUUGUGUCUGUUCUGUGGUGACGCUGACGUCGCGUUGGGCCUUUCAGAUCAUCAACGCCUCACUGCCCUUUCCCAGAGCUGACAGCUUCUGCAGAGGACGCUUCAGUCAUCUGCUCCCUGUAGACCAGGACCAGGGCCAGGACCAAGACCAGGAGCAGGUGGCCUUGCAGGGGCUGCUCCACCAGGCCGGAGUGGUGCCCCCCCUCUGGGUCCAGGGUCCCGGCUCCGCCCCUCCCAGGCCUCUCUCCAAACAGUAUUCUUCGUUCUUGGCUCUGAACUUCCCUAAGGAACCCCGGGACGGCUUCGCGCGGCUGAACGCCUCGUUCCCGCGCCUCUCGCGCCUCAGUGUGUGUGUGCGUGUGCAGUGGGACCCCCUGUGGAGCGACGUGUCCACCAUCUUCUCCUACGCCGCUCCCGUCUUCACCAACGAGUUCCAGCUGCGCGGCCAGCGGGACGGCCAGCGGGACGGCCAGCGGGACGGCCAGCGGGACGGUCAGAGGGACAACAGUCAGAGGGACGGUCAGAGGGACAGCCAGCGGGACGGUCAGAGGGACGGCCAGCGGGACGGCCAGCGGGACGGCCAGCGGGACGGCCAGCGGGACGGCCAGCGGGACGGCCAGCGGGACGGCCAGCGGGACGGCCAGCGGGACGGCCAGCGGGACGGCCAGCGGGACGGCCAGCGGGACGGUCAGAGGGACAACAGUCAGAGGGACAGUCAGAGGGACGGUCAGAGGGACGGCCAGCGGGACGGCCAGCGGGACGGUCAGAGGGACGGCCAGCGGGACGGCCAGCGGGACGGCCAGCGGGACGGCCAGCGGGACGGCCAGCGGGACGGCCAGCGGGACGGUCAGAGGGACGGUCAGAGGGACAGCCAGCGGGACAGCCAGCGGGACAGCCAGCGGGACAGCCAGCGGGACAGCCAGCGGGACGGUCAGGGCCGUGUACUGCUUGCGCUCAUCAUCCACGGGAAGCACCUGCCGUACAAGGCGUCCUUCCCCAAUGACGGCGCCUGGCAUCACCUGUGCGUCACCUGGACCAAUGGGGAGUGGGCGCUGUAUGUGGACGGGGAGCGGGGGGACCGGGGCCGCGGCGCCGACACCUCCAGGGAGCUCCACGGUGACGGAAUCUUCAUCCUGGGGCAGGACCAGGACUCGUUUGGAGGAAACUUCACCGAGCCCUUCUUUGGGAACAUGACGGACCUGAACGUAUGGGCGCGGGCGCUGGAGGGGCGGCAGCUGGAGGGUGGAGCAGCUCAUCAGGCAUGA